CUUACGCUAGCGCUCGUCACUGAGCGUUGCCAACCCUAUAAUUUACAUCCCCCUGUUUGGUUUGUUUACAGAUUUUCAGUUGUUUGUAGACGCUAGAAAAGUGCGCGAAUUUCAGUUUUUUGAACUACCGAACUGUUAUCGGUGAACUUUUGUUGUUGUGACGUUUUGUUCCUGCUACUUUGACAGUUUUGUGAAUGUGGACGUUAGCAGUUGACACCGGAUUUUUUUCCAUUUACAUUUUGGGAUUUACGUCAAAGUGCGAUCAUAUUUGAAAGCCGCGCGGGCAUGACCUGACAUUUUCGUUGGACACUUGUUAAGGAAUGAUCGGUUCUUUAUGUUGUCGACUAUGGCUACUGUCACCUCUGGCAUCAUAUCUCCAAAUUCUUAUGGCCUGACUCCAGAUCCAAUCAAAAUGACCACCGAAAACGAUGAUGACUACCCUCGCUACCACCCUUCAGAGCCGUUCGAUUCGAAUAUGAAUUCCAGCGACUCAGAUCAGGACAACUACGUGGCUUCACCAAAAAGCGAGCUCCCGAAGCGUAAUAAAAGAAAAAAUUUCAAACCUCGUUGCUCGAACGUCAACUAUUCUGAUAACGAAAUGUACCACAACGAAGCGCUCAAUUUGAGCGAAUAUACUGAAAACAACAACGUCAAUAACAACGUGAGACGAAGAAAAACGUUGUCAACGCGGAAAGUAGUCAUGGACCCUAGAUUCAGUCCGAUGGAUCUGAGUAAAGCCAAUGACAGCGAAUCCAACAGCGAUUCUGAGUUCAACGAGAACUAUCCGAACUCCGAGAACGAUGAUGAUGGGAACGAGAACAGUAGCGAAAAUGAUUCCAAAAUACCGCAGAGCUUUUCAAUUCAUAACCUCUCCAAACCACACGUCCCGGAUUUUCCUCAAAACCCGCCACAUUUGAGCCAGGAUCAGGUCAUCGAAAUGAGGCAGUACGCGAUGAAUACCAUGAGGGAGUUGCUAGGCAUAUACGGAUUGACUUCGGAAGUAGCGGAAAGCAUAUCGAGGCAACUCCCAAUGGCGGCAUUCAGUAGCGGUAAAAUUUUCGACAACCUCACCCUCAAUCCUGCCAUCAAAAAGGAAGGCACGCCACCUACGCAACCCCCUACUCCCCCCUCCACCCCGCUCUCGCCCAAAUCCAAUGAUCUAACUUCAAAACCCAUCAACAUUUCCAACUUACCGAUGACCCACCAGCAAUCUAGUCAAAGAUUACCUCACUCGCCCCCGGUUAAUACCCAAAGUACUCCCCUGAACCUCGGAAAAAAAACACAACCCUACACCAAUGGGGUAGGCAUGAACAUGUCCACGUCGCAAUCGCCAGAUUUUCCAUACAGUAGCGCAGAGCUAGAAGCUAUUAGAAAUAAGAUUAGUGAAGAUAGGAUACAAGAACAGAAGAAUGCACUUAGUGGGCGGGGCAUUUUUCCGGCAAAUAUCCUCCCAUAUUCUCAAGGAAUAAAGACUGAAACCUCAAGCCCUCCUCCGCUGGAGCCCAGCCCUCUGAAUGCAAUGAUGGCCCAGUCCCUGGCUCCCACAACACCGAGAGAACCCAUAUCUUCUACGAAUAUUAUGAUGAGCAAAGCUACCACCCAACUUGAUUAUUCCAAGUAUGUCAAAAAGUUUACGUCAUCUUUGGAAUGUGGUAGCACGUACUGCAAGGAUCUCAACUACAGGGAGCAUUUCCAUUGUCUGGACUGUAACUCGCGGGUCUUCAUCAAAAAAGAAGAAAUGAUCCGCCAUUUCAAGUGGCACAAAAAGAGGGACGAGUCCCUUCAACACGGUUUCAUGCGGUACAGUCCUUUGGACGACUGCGGAGAUAGGUUCUCCAACUGCACGCACAACAAAAAACAAACGCAUUAUCACUGUAUCAAGGAAGGCUGUGAUAAAGUCUACAUAUCUACCUCGGACGUACAGAUGCAUGCCAACUAUCACCGGAAAGAUUCGGCGAUCAUCCAGGAGGGUUUUCAAAGAUACAGGGCGACCGAAGAAUGCGGAGCCAGUUACUGCGCCUUUUUCGGCCAGAGAACGACGCAUUUUCAUUGCAGGAGGUCCGGUUGUCGUUUCACUUUCAAGAACAAAAGUGACAUGGAAAAACACAAAUCAUAUCACAUCAAAGACGAACAACUCUCAAGAGACGGCUUCAAAAAGUUCAUGAAAAACGAAAUCUGUCCCUUUGACAACUGUAGGUUUUCGAAAGUAUGUAACCACAUACACUGCAUCAGACCACAAUGCAGUUACGUGUUGCACAGCUCAGGACAACUCUUUUCGCACAAACGUAAACACGAGAGAAAAGAUUCUGAGCUAGCCUACCGCAAGUACAAACUCGCUCAAAGUAUGAUGAAAACCCUUGCAGAUGGCACAGUAGGACCCCCAAUGCCUUUCAAUCGCGACUAUGAAGCUCAGAUCGAUAGCAUUAAUCUUUCAAUGUACAACCAAUCCUCAGGGGGGAUGUCAAAUAUGUCGAAUUCCGAAAGUUUGAGUGAAAGAAAUUCACCUGUGAGCUACGAGGAGUCAGAAUCAACUUUUGCUAUGGAUCUCAGUGCAAAUGAGUCAAACUUUGCUCAAGAGGACACUGUCACAUGGAACAACGAUGAUUACUGGAGAAAAUACUGUCAAUUCGUUCCAGAAAACCGUUGUCCGAGUGAAAAAUGCGAUUACACGCACUGCGACCACUUUCACUGCUUUGUUGAAAGUUGUGAAAUGGUAUUCAGCAGCAAAGACGCUGCAAAGGAACAUGCUCGAAAUCAUGAACAACAAGAAAUGAUCACUGAUAACUACUUUACAACUGUUACGGUACAAAAUGGAGGUUGUGAUGAGAGUUGUAUAUACCAAGACAAAGAAAAGCACUACCACUGCAACUGGGAUGGAUGCAGGGAAGUAAUUCUGCCUACAGACAAACCUUUCAGAAGGUUGGAGCAUCACAAAAUGCACGAGUACUCCAGAAAACUCAGUUUGACCAAAGAUCCUCUAACGAUGACACACUUAUCCAGCUCUAUCGACGGCAUGUUCUGCAGAAAACGAGGGCGUCCCCCAAAAAAUCGUGUCAUUGAAGUUUGGAAUGAUUAUAACCCAAUGGGUAAUCAGAAUCUCAUGGACAGCCCUCAGGCCAUUUUCACAAGCUUCAAACUACCAAAGCCAUCAACUACCCCAUCCAGUAGUAAAGAUUUUGAAGACAAAGAAGACGAUGAGAGAUCGAGCACUCACAGCCCAACACCACAAGACUAUAGUUCUCAAGGGUUCGACUCGUUUGGUGAAAAUACAAAAUGCUCCGAUAACUUAUGUCCCUACCUGGGCUCCACACAUUUCCACUGUAUUCAAAAUCGUUGUUCAUAUGUAACAGAUAAAGAAGAUGCACUCAUCGUUCACUCGAAAGAUUUUCAUGACAAUGUUGAAAUAUUAGAUGGGUUCGAGUUUUAUGAUAGAAAUGUCGAUUGUCGAUUGCAAAAUUGUGCUAGUAACAAAAUUAACAGGCACUUUCAUUGCACCAGGCCGAACUGCAAUUAUUCAUUCGUUCAAUACUCCACCAUGGCAAUUCACAAUCAGAAGCAUUUAGAAGAGAGCAAUCUUCAUCAGAUUCCAGAGAUUCGGGUAAAAAGUGAAGCCCAGUUAACAGAAAGUAAGCCCGAUUCCAGUGAAAAUCACUUUAAGGCUAUGAAUUUGAGUCAGGGAGCCGAAAAUAAGAUAUCAGUGGUGAAGGCAUCCGGAACUUUCUAUCCUUUAUCUACAUUGCCAGAACAAAUUCAAAAAUCACCAGAUUAUAAAACCGCUACCUCAGACCUAAGUCAACAAUACGAGGCGAACGCACCAAACAGAGGAAGCAAUACACUCUACGGACCUGAACUCAGUUGCUCGAGGCCUUUUUGCAAACUCAAGAGGAAGUACCAUUAUCACUGCAAUGCGUGCAAUCAGGCAUUCAGUGAACUGGAUCGAUUAUUAUUGCAUGUGGCUAAACACAGCAGUGGGGCACUGAACAGCCAACUUCAAGAAGAAGGCAAUAACCAGUCUCCUCCAUCUCGAUCGCCACCUUCGCCUCAACCAACUGUUUCGAUUUCUACGACAAAACCCUCAUCAGAAUCCAAAAUAAGCAUAGCUCCGCUACAGUCUCUACAAAAUCCUGUAAUUCCCCCACAAAAAGAACAUGAAUCCUAUUUGACGCCGACAUUCGAUGCUUAUAGUCACUUCAAUAAUUUUCCUGCCAACCUUCAGUUUGCUCUUUUAUCUCAGCAACAACAAAUGCAAAACGCCUUCUUACCUCAAGCUUUGUAUCCAAACUCUCAGCUAAUGUUUCAACACGCUCAGCUCAUGCAGAGCCCUUUGUUGGCACCUCAAAACCCAUAUCAGGGGGAAAAUUUGACGAGUCCUUUGGCAGCAAUGGCUGCCAAUUUGAAUAAACGAGCUCUGAGUCCUCACGACAUAUCUCCAGAAGCAAAAAAAGCUAGGAUACAAAAUUCUAUGCGAAUACUGAAAGACGAACCCGUGCCUGAAGGUUAUCUGAGAUUCAGGUUUAAUGAAGACUGCCAGUACCAACAUUGUGGAUAUCGAGAACAUCAAACUCACUUCCAUUGCCAGCGACAUGAUUGUGGUUACAGCUUUUGCGACAAAACAAGAUUCGUGCAACACACUGCCAGGCACGAGAGACUCGAUACUCUCAUGGGUGGAGAUUUUCAGCAAUAUAGGGCCAAUGUAGCAUGUGGAAGAGCUGAUUGCGCAUAUACUGCUAAUUUAGGUUCUACCCAAAACAAGGCUUCUCAUUUCCAUUGUCUCAAAUGUGACUUUGUAUGUACAGAUACAAACAAGGUCGUUGCUCACCGUCGUCAACACCAGAAAUUAGAUUCAAUUCAAGCAGCAGGAUUCGAAAAAUUCACCCCCAGUCAGAUAUGUCGAGUUCCAAACUGUCAGCAUAGUGGAAAACAAACUCAUUAUCAUUGCCUCCAGUGUCAAUAUGCUGUCCUAGGGCUUGCCCAAAUGUCAGCACAUAAAUACAGACAUAUGGAAUAAAUUGUUCCUUCAACUGGAGAAUUAAAACCACCAUAUAUAUUGAUACUAUCUCAAAGAAAUCCGAAAUUAAAGGAAGUAUACAUAUGUAAAUAAGUCUGUACAAAAAAAUUCUAAAUUGUAAAUUAUGUAAAUAGUCCUUUAUAUUAAAAUACCUCACAAAAUAUAUAUUGAGGAAAACCUCAAGGAUACUACAGUUAUCCUUGAAAUAUUUACUUAGCUGACUGAGGUUAACUGAAAGUUGUUAAACAAUUACAGUAUUUUGAUAAAAAUGGCAAGUCAAUAAGAAUUUCACAGGUGUUUGGAAUUUGUUUCUGAUGUACUAUUAUAUUCAAAACACCAUUAUCAGUGAUAUAAUUAAAUGUAAAUCUUCACAGAAAUGUAGAUUUUUUAAUUUGAAAUAGGGAACAAAAUGUAAUUUGAAAAAGACAUGGUACUUUUAGUUGAUAGAGUAGAUAGAUUUAUUAGACAUAGAGGCCUUUUCUAAUAGAUUUAGUGCCUUAGAAAAGACAUAUAACAGUUCUUGUGCCUUUUUGGGUACUUUUUUGGUAGAAAAAUUAGAUGAUUUACCGUUUUUUGAAAGAAAGUAUGUCAUUCCAUAAACCAAAUGUGCCAUAUUACAGAUAUACAAAUAUAUAGCAGUUUUUCAGAAUGUUUAGAAUAGUAUAUAUAGUAUAUCAUACAGUGUCAUAUCUUUAAGUGAAAUCGUUUCUUUUUAUUUAUCCCAUCAAUUUUCACACCUUAUUUAUUUUGCACCUUAUGUACAUUUCAUUUGUGAAUUGUUUUGCCAUAUUUUGAAAUAGUUGUAGAAGACACUACAUUUUCUUGUUUUAUUUUGUUCAUAGCUAGUCUAUUCUAUUUUCUUCGCUUCGUUUUUCUUGUUUAUUUUAAUAUUACUUCUCAAUCAUUAAAAUGAUUCAAAUUGAAAAUGACUCAAAAGUCAAUUUUUUAUCAUUAUUAUUUAAGCUAAAAUUAUAAUUUAUACGUAUGUUUAUGAUUAUUUUAUGUAUGAGUGUAUUUUAUGUUAAAUCUCUGUGAUUGUAUGAUUUUAAAAAAUAUCAGUAUUUAUACCAUA